ACAAGACAAGCCCCUUCACAUUCCAUUCUCUCUCUUUCCGUGUGUGCCAUGGCAAAGCGUUUCAAGGAGAAGCUAUCUAGAGUGGUUCCUUCUCUCCAGCUCUGCCGUCCAAACAAAUCGAAGGCCUCAUCUCUGUUCCCUGGAAAUACAAUUCCAGCCAUCUACCGGCUGUCUCCGAUCAAUCCGAAGUCCUUCGACAUCAGCUUCCCUUCCUUCAGUGCCCCUGCCCCACCUUCAACCCCAGACCGCUCCUUCACCAGGUCGCACCAUGUGCGACGACGGUCGAAGCUCUCAAAUCAGGAGUCAUCUUCGGAGUACACGCGGAAGAAAGACGGAAGGUGGCAUGCGGUCUCUAAAUCGCAGCAACGGCCUGCCACCAAGCCUCGGGAGAAGGCGUGCGAGGAGAACGAGGCCCCCCUUCUCUCCAGAACUUCUAUAAGCUUCCAUGACGACGACUCCUCCACCGAGUUCUUCAGCGAGAGAUCCUCCUCGGUCGAGACUGUGGAAACAACUCCAGCUUCUACAUCGUUGGUGCCACAAAAGCUGCUGCCACGGGAGGUGGAGGGGAAGGUGAGGGAGAGUGUGGCAGUGGUGAAGAGGUCGGAGGAUCCGCUGGAGGACUUCAGGCGGUCGAUGUGGGAGAUGGUGGUACAGAAGGAGAUGUUCACGGCGGAGGACCUUGAGCAGCUCCUCCUCUGCUUCCUCAGCCUCAACUCCCGGCAGUACCAUCCCGUCAUCGUAGAGGCUUUCUCCGAGAUCUGGCAGCUCUUGUUCUCCAACCGCAAGUGUUCCCCACCAAGCCGCCGACGAGUUUCCAAGUCCUCCAGGGAGCACUGAAAGAUGGAACUGAUUAUCUCUCUCUUCCUGUAAUUUUUUUUUUUUUUUGAUGAAUAAUAAGAAUUCAUUUAUGA